UCGCAAAGAAGCGUGUGCGCGCAGCUCCAUGGCAAUGUGCGAACGGAACCCUCUGAAUCCGGGCUAUGUUGGACCUCUGUUGAAUUUGGCCCCGGGCCCCGAGUCGCUCUACUUGUCCAGCUUGCGCGGCAAUGGUGCGCACAUGGCCCGCGCUCACCACCACCACCACCACCACCACCUCGCCUACAACCGGAGGGCAGAGCUGUGCACGCUCCCGUGGUCCGCCGCGAGUCCGUGCACGCCGCCCCCGGUCGCUCCGCCGCCACAGAGCCGCGCCUUCGGAGCCUUCUGCCCGCCGUUCCGCUCCGGCUCGACCGCGCCUGUAAGCGACAACAACAUCAACAACAACAACCAACAUCAACAACAACAACAACAACAACAACAACAACAACCAUCACCUCCACCCGGCCAAGGCUGCCCAGGAGGAUCCUCCGCGUCCCCCGCCGCCUCUCGGUGUCUGCCGGGCCCCGAGCACAAGGCGCCCCCGUCGGCGGGACCUCAGCAGGUCUACGCCGGGGAGCAGCAGCACCAGCGCGGCUAUUUGGAGGCGCAGGACCGCGGGCACGGCUGUGCGGGCCAGCUGGAGCAGGAAUGUGCGGGUCGGCUUGACGCGAACAAGCCCGCGUCCGCGCUCAGCUGCAGCAGGUCCACGUUUGUUGAAGGUGGCGCCUGGUGCUCGUCCCACCUGACCAGGAGCAGGAAAAAGAGGAAGCCUUACUCCAAGCCUCAGUUGGCUGAACUGGAGAGCGAGUUCCUGCUCAGCGAGUUCAUCAACAGGCAGAAGCGCAAAGAACUUUCCGACAGACUGGACCUGAGCGACCAGCAGGUGAAGAUCUGGUUCCAGAACCGCAGGAUGAAGAAGAAACGACUCAUGAUGCGAGAACAAGCCUUUGGCCUGUAUUGAGGAGUCCAUAGGUACCAUCGUGUUUUUUUGGACCUCCAUUUAUUUAUACAAAAUAUAUGUGAAAUACUUCAUCUCCAUGACGUCAUCCACACUAAGCAAACAUGGACACCAGACAACAUUUCAGCCUCCAAAAUGAGGAUUUCAUGUAUUCCUGCUCUUGUUUCCUCCUCUCUAUUGCUGUCAAGUUCAUCUUUAUAUUAUAUAUAAAUAUAUGUGUAUAAAAGACAUAUGCAUGCAAGUAUAUUCUCAUUCUAAUGCUUUAGAAUUGUAAAUAAAUGGCUUUUUUUCAGCAUGA